AUGUCACAUGCUCCUAACUCGGAGUAUGUCUCUCAUACCUCAAUGACUGCCGCUAUACAGAACGCAGAGCCUAUCCGCCUCUCUGAUUCCGAAUCCAAGCCUACCAAGAUGGAUAAAGAGAUGGAAGUCACCGAGAAGGACUCAUCCAGUGCCCGUCGCAUACCCUCCGUCGAUAGCGGGUCAAUGGAAUCCACAUAUGACCAUACUCAUCGCAAGCUCAAGCCCCGCCAUGUACAACUGAUUGGAAUUGGAGGAACAAUUGGCACGGCCCUAUAUGUUCAGAUCGGAAAUGGACUGCGGACCAGUGGCCCCGGCAGUUUGUUCAUUGGAUUUAGUCUUUGCAUCACCAUGGAUGGCUUGGCUGAAAUGGUCACAUAUCUGCCUAUUUCUUCGCCAUUCAUCCGAUUCGCUGGCCGCUACGUCGAUGAAGCUUUAGGUGUUGCCGCUGGAUACAACUUCUUUAUUUUUGAGGCCGCCCUGGUGCCUUUCGAGAUUGUCGCUGUCAGCUUGAUUAUCAAAUACUGGACCGAUAUCAUUCCUGUUGCAGCCAUGAAUGUGAUUAUCAUCGUACUCUAUGGAGUACUGAACCUCUUUGCUGUCCAAUGGUACGGUGAAGCGGAAUUCUGGCUCUCAUUAGGCAAGGUCCUGCUGAGCAUAGGCCUGAUCUGCUACACAUUCAUCGUCAUGGUGGGCGGUAAUCCGCUCGGCGAUCGGUUUGGUUUCCGCUAUUGGAAUGAGCCAGGUGCCUUCAAUGAAUACUAUAAGACAGGUGAUACUGGCAAGUUCCUUGGUGUCCUUGCAGCUGUCAUCACGGCCAGCUUCACCAUCGCGGGUCCAGACUAUGUCUCCAUGGCCGCUGGUGAAACUAUUAACCCGCGCAAGGUGCUACCCAAGGCCUUCAAUGGUGUCUUCUACCGUCUCACGGCAUUCUUCGUUCUGGGUGUUCUCUGCGUCGGCAUUUUGGUCCCGUACAAUGAUCAAACUAUGGCCGAUGCUUUCGACAAUGACAAGCCUGGUGCUGCUGCCUCGCCCUAUGUCAUCUCCAUGGAUCACUUGAAGAUCCCCGUCCUGCCAGACAUUGUCAACGCCGUCAUUCUCACUGCUUCGUUCAGCGCGGGCAAUAGUUACAUGUACUGUGCCAGUCGCAGUCUGUACGGUCUAGCGCUUGAGGGCAAAGCCCCGAAGAUCCUUACCAAGUGCACCAAAAACGGUGUUCCCAUUUACUGUGUCGGCAUAGUGCUCAUCAUCGGCCUCUUGAGUUUCCUGCAAGUAUCCAACGGCGCAUCCGUCGUGCUAAACUGGUUUGUCAAUCUGGUCACCGCCUCCCAGCUCAUCAACUUCUCCGUCAUCACUUUUACCUUCACCCGCUUCAAGAAAGCUACAGAGGCCCAAGGUAUUGACCGGAGAACAUUGCCAUACCGUAGCUGGUUCCAGCCAUACAUCGCCUACUUCGCUUGCACAUGCACCACGCUCAUGGCUUUCGUCGGUGGCUACACCGUCUUUCUUCCCGGCAACUGGUCCAUCCCGACAUUCCUCUUCUCUUACACCAUGAUCGGCAUCUUCCCGAUUAUUUACUUCGGGUGGAAAUUCUUCCACAAGACCAAGUUCCUCAAGCCUGAGGAGGUCGAUCUGACGACUGGUGUCGCUGAGAUCGAGGAGUAUACUAAAGACUUUGUGGAAGCGCCGCCGAAGUCUGUCGUGCACAAGUGGUGUCAGAUUAUCUUUGAAUAA